AUGAGCAGCAACCAGUACCCAGAGGACAGCUGCCCCGACCGGCCCGAAUGCCAAAGGAAGUCUCCCACCCUGCUCUCGUCCUACUGCAUAGACAGCAUCCUGGGCCGGAGGAGUCCCUGUAAAAUGAGGUUGCCCCCGGCCCUGUCCGCUCGCCCGGACCCGGACAAGCCCGUGCCAGGUUCCCCGAAGGGAGGCAGCCCCGCGUUCGAGGCCGAGCUGCACCUGCCCCCCAAACUGCGGCGCCUGUACGGCCCCGGCGGGGGUCGCCUGGUCCCGGGGGUCGGGGGUCCUCGGGGGGAGCCCCCCCCGGCUCCCCCCCCGCCCCCGCCGAGGCCGGGGGAGCGGGACCGGCCGGAGGACACGCUGAAGAUCAGCCAGGCGCCGCAGGUCAGCAUCAGCCGCACCAAGUCCUACCGGGAGAACGGGGCCACCUUCGUCCCGCCGGCCCUGGACCCGCUGGGCCGCCCGGCUGGGCCGGAGGAGGACGAGGAGGACCUGCUGGAGGAGGAGGACGACGACGACGACGACGAGGAGGACGACGACGACGAGGAGGAGGAGGAGGAGGAAGAAGAAGAAGAGCUGCUGCUGGACGAGGACGACGAGGGGCUGCUGCUGGAGCGGGCCGGGCGAGGGGCAGGACCGGCUUCCCCGGCAUCCUCCUCCACAGCCGCGGCGGGGCCUGCAUCCUCCAACUCCUCCUCCGCGGCCUUGGCGACCUCCUCCUCCUCCUCCUCCUCCUCCUCCUCCUCGGCCGCGGACGGGGCUGCCCUGCUGCUGCUGCCCCCGCCCCCGCCGCCCGCCCCGGAGGAGCCCGAGGGCAAGGACGAGGGCGAGGAUGGCAUCUGCCUGUCGGCGGGCAGCGACUCGGAGGAAGGCCUGCUGAAGCGCAAGCAGCGGCGCUACCGGACCACCUUCACCAGUUACCAACUGGAGGAGCUGGAGCGGGCCUUCCAGAAGACCCACUACCCCGACGUCUUCACCAGGGAGGAGCUGGCCAUGAGGCUCGACCUGACCGAAGCCCGGGUGCAGGUGUGGUUCCAGAACCGUCGGGCCAAGUGGCGGAAGCGUGAGAAGGCGGGGGCGUCGCCGCACGGUCCGGGCCUGGCCUUCCCGGGCCCGCUGGCGGCCGGCCACCCGCUGGGCCCCUACCUGGAGGCCGGGCCGUUCCCCGCCCACCACCCGGCGCUCGACUCGGCCUGGGCCGCGGCCGCCGCCGCCGCCGCCGCCGCCGCCGCCGGCCUGUCGGGGCUGUCGGGGCUGUCGGGCCUG